CCUAAUAUUAACCAAUCACCAUCGAAAUAAUAAUUACUCUAGUUACUACUCCGAUUAAAAAAAUUAAACGAUAUUUGUUGCACUUCAAUGUAAUCCACGUCAGUAACGCAGAUACUGGAUGGAAAUGCUAAUUUACACCAGAAAUAAAAUUAUCAAUCAUCACACUUACAAAUUAUAUUAAAAGAGAAGAAGCAACGCCACACAAGAAACCAUCAAGUUUUAUGUUUACCUCGACCAAAGAGCAAGCAAUAAACUAGAUAAAUAUAUGAAAUGAAAUUUUUUGUAUGGAAUAUUCCCAAUGACAUGUUGUUAGUUGUUUCAAUUAUUUUAAUCCUGUUUAUCGAUUUGCAAAAAUUUUCUACUACAGGAUUAAUUUUAUCGAAACAUAUCGAAGCUGAUGAAACUGUCACCACUUCAUCUGUCAACCAUCAGUGGAAUGUUACCGCUAAUACACAUAAAAAUAAUAAUGAUAAUAAUGAUGAAUCAUCAGCCGCAUAUAAGUCUAAGAAGAGAAUCUGGGCUGCUCUACCGAAACACAUUGAUCUACUCCACUUUUCUCAGCCAAAACUCGAAGAUAAACUGGUUACACAACGGACUAGCUUAAUUCAUACUAUCACUGAUCACAGUAAACAAAAAUUUCGAAGAGAAAGUAGCAAACAAACAUAUCAGUUAAAACGUCAUCGUCCACGUAGAUAUCCUUUUCACAGAAAUGGUAAUAAUAAUAAUAAUAAUAAAAAUUAUCCAUCUUAUGAUAAAAGGAUUCAAACAAGAUUUGCUAAAACUUACAAUUAUGCAAACUUCACGUGUCCAGCUGAGUGUGAAUGUAAUCUUGUCGAAGUAGAGUGCAAAAAUAUCCACCUGGAGUCUAUUCCAACAAAUAUUCCAGUGUAUACUGAAAAACUAACGAUUACUGGGAACAAAAUCAGGAAUUUGGACGGAAAUAGUUUUCGUGGUCUUAUUCAUCUAAAAACAUUAAUUCUAUCAAACAAUGGAAUUGAAAAUAUUGAAUCGGAUGCAUUCAAUCAACUUAUCAAUUUACGUCGUUUGAAACUGAACUCCAAUCUUCUUCACACUCUUCCGGAGAAUGUGUUUGCUCCCUUUAAGCAGCUACAACGUCUGGAUUUACAAGAAAACAAGUUAGUUUGUUUGCCGGAAUCUUUAUUUUCUGGACUAACUGAAUUACGCUAUAUCCUUCUAACGAAAAAUAACUUAAUAUGGCUUCCUAAAUCUCUGGUUUCCGAAUUGAAGUCGCUCAAACAUAUUGAUUUAAAGGAAAAUCCUUUGCGAUGUGACUGUUAUCUGCAACCAUUUUUGAAAGAAUUUCUUGUCACAAAUCGUCAGGCUAUUUUGCACAAAUCUAAUGCAGUAUGUUCAUCGUUGAGUAUGGAUCCAAGUCUGCAUGGAUAUCCAUUAAACGAAGGAGUAUUUGAUGCAUUGCAGUGUCCUGUCAACUCAGAAAUGUUACACAAGGCUCCAACAGAAUGCACAGUUACAAGUACAUCAUCAUGUGAUGGAAUUUGUGACUGCUCAAUUGAAGGUGUGGCUAACUGUCAAGGACGUGGGUUGAAAGCUAUUCCAAAUGAUUUACCCCAAGAUAUUAUGGAACUGAAUAUGGAUAGUAAUGAACUGGCUUCACUCCCAGCGAAUGCAUUCGUCAACUACAAAAGCUUGAGAAAAGUUGUUUUAGACAACAAUCAAAUAUCAUAUGUUCAUCCUGAAGCGUUUAGUAAUCUGAGAGAACUUUCUUCUUUAUAUAUUAGUUCGAAUGAAUUGGGUUUAUUACCGUCUAAUCUAUUUUCCCAUCUGUCAAACCUUAAAAUACUAUAUUUACAUCGAAAUAAAAUCUCCUGUAUUCAAAGAGGAUCUUUUGCAGGGCUGGAACACUUACAAAUCUUACACUUAUCAAACAAUCGUAUACAAACCUUCCCAAGGAAUAGUUUUGAAGACCUACGUCGACUGAAAUAUCUUUAUUUAGUUCAUAAUCCGCUUAUAUGUGACUGCCAAUUAGCAACUUGGUUACCAGCUUUCUUAAUUGAAAAAGAAGCCGGUGGUACACAAUGGGCUAGAUGUGCAGAACCAUUAAAUGUUCAAGGUCGUCAUGUACGGGAGUUAUUGCCGCAUAUAUUACAGUGUCCAAGUACAAUUAAUUAUGAAAAUGAAAGUCAAACUUGUGAAUUUCUUAGCCAUCAAUGCCCUGAAGGUUGUAAAUGUAUGGAUAUCAUAGUAAAGCCAAGAUUGCACGCAAAUUCAGAGGCCGUUUUUCGACCGGAUGAAUUUGGUUUAAUUUCUGGUGGAUUGAGAGUUGACUGCUCAAGUCUAGAGUUAACGGAAAUCCCUCAAAGUAUACCGCUGAAUACUAAAGAAUUAAAUCUGAGAAAUAAUUUAAUCAAAUCUAUCACAGUUAACUCUGGUCUAAUUAAGUUGAGAAAUCUGGAAACCCUUAUCAUGGAUGGUAAUGAACUUGAGCAUAUCGAACCGAAAUCUUUUAAAGGAAACUUCAACAUGAAAAAGCUAAUUCUCAGCAAUAACUCCCUGACGAAAAUAGAAGAAAAUACUUUCAAGGGAUUGAAUAACUUGGAAAUCUUAUUACUUCAACACAAUCAAAUAAAGUGUUUAAAUAAUCGAACAUUUAAUCAAGUCCCAGCUUUAAAGAUACUGAUGCUUAAUAACAAUAAAUUAAGAUGCAUAGCCAAAGGGAUCUUUACUGGGCUGAGUCUUGAAUCACUAAGUUUAAGUGCCAAUCCAUUUAAAUGUGACUGUCAUCUCAGUUGGUUACCUGAUUGGCUGAGAAAUAAUGCGAAUCAAGUCAAUGAAGGUCCAUUGCCACCUGUAUGUAUAUCAUCAGAAGAUUUAGCUGGUACACCAGUGGCUAGUUUAUCACGUUAUCAUUUCACGUGUAAUACAUCCAUGUCUAAUUGUUUGAAUAAUGAAAAUUAUAAUGAAAAUGAUGACAGGACAGUUCAAUCAACAAUUCAUGCGUACUGUAGCAUAAAAGAGGUGGGCUGUUGUGAAGAAAUACAAGAUGAAACCUCAUGCCCAUCACACUGUCUGUGUGGAACUGAUGGUGUUUACUGCUCGGACAGAAAUCUAACUGAAAUUCCUGCACAUAUUUCUCCAGAAACAACUCAACUAUACUUGGAACGGAACCAGAUAACAAAAAUUGAUCCAAAUCGAAUAUCUCAUCUCAAGAAACUUCAUACCCUAGUUUUAAGUUAUAACAAACUACGAGAAUUACCGCCACGUGUAUUUGAGAAACUAACCAAUCUUAAGACAAUUGUCCUUAGCUACAACAAUUUACAAUGCAUCCAUCCAGAAGCCUUCUAUGGUUUAGCUAAUCUUCGCGUCUUAAUACUUCAGGGGAACAACAUUUCUACUAUACCGUAUGGUACAUUCAAUGAUCUUGGCCAAUUAAACAAUGUUGCACUCGGGCAAAAUCCUUUACAUUGUGACUGUACAAGUAAAUGGUUAAACAGUUACUUUCGGCAAUAUUUCUUGGACAAUGGAAUCUCUUUAUGCUACAGCCCGCCAAAUAUGAGAUUAAAAUCCAUUUAUCAUUCAAAGUCUUCAGAUUUUGCGUGCCCAUGGAAACUACAAAACGAAACAAAUACAGACAUAAAUGAAAAUGUGUUAUACUUUCCAAGUUCACAACCCCCUCUACCAAAUGACAGACAUAGUCAGUCAAAUAAUGUUUAUACAUCAGAGGCUAACCACCAUGUGACUGAGAGAGAAAAAGAAUCCAUUUUGAUUGCCGCCAAAUGUAUGCCAUGUUUAUUGAAUCCAUGUUUAAAUGGUGGGACAUGUUUAGCACUUACACAGUUGGACUACAAAUGCUCAUGUAAACCUCCGUUUUAUGGAAAGAAUUGUGAGCAACGAGACCAUAUUUGCUCAACGAACCCAUGUCAAAAUGGCGGACUAUGCAAAAUUACAGCCUACCCAAGUUCAUACAAAUGUAUCUGUCCACCAGGUUUUCAUGGACCAACCUGUGCUAAACAACUAGAAACUUGUAAACAUAAUGUUUGUCUAAAUGGGGGGACGUGUGAAGCACUGGAUAAUGAUUAUCGAUGUCAUUGUACAACUCUAUUUCAUGGCAAAAACUGUCAACAUGAAUAUAUCUACUGUGAAGAGCUAAAUCCCUGUGCAAAUGGAGGAAAAUGUAUUAGUCUACCGAAGAAUAAUUACAGAUGUGAAUGUUUAGCUGGAUGGAUUGGAAAUGACUGCCAAAUCAACCAAGAUGACUGUGUGUAUAACAGGUGUGAAAAUGGUGCCACCUGUAUUGAUGGUAUAAAUGAGUAUAUAUGUAAAUGCCGGCCAGGAUAUGCAGGAAUUUAUUGUGAAAGACCAACUUGGAAUCCUUCAACAUAUGUGACAAGAAUGGAUAGACCGUUUAACCAUCAGCUAAUGAUUGGACGUACAUCUGCUUCUGGUGUAAGACAGUCACCGAUAAAAACUCGGUCGCUUGCAACGCAAAAUCUUGAAACGCUAUGUGCUUAUCAACAGUGUCAAAAUAACGCCAAGUGUGUUGAAAAUGAAAAUGAUGCUUACAGCUGCGUUUGCCAACAAGGUUUCAGUGGCCAAUACUGUGAGAAUCUUUUUGCUAUCAAUCUACCAAGUCCUCAUUCAUAUGUGGCUGUUGUACCACCAAGUCGAGGUGCUUUAGUGCCAAGUGGAACAAUUAGUUUCGAAAUGGCUACAAAGUCAACAAAUGGGAUCUUACUGAAUUUCAUUGAUACAAGUCUAAUUAACAAUGCAGAUGGUACUCCUGAGCAUUAUUUAUUACUGAACCUACACAAUGGAAAAAUUCAUGUUAAAUUUUCUUUAAAUCGAAAUUAUACUGCACAUAAUGUGGAUUGUGAAAUAAAUAUAAGUGAUGGCAAUUUUCAUCUGAUCAAACUUUAUCUGGAAGCUGAAGUGCUAUACCUUUACAUUGACAAGAAGUUGUGCAUAACUAUGGGGAAAGUUAAUACACAAUUUAACAAAACACUGGGAUACGAUAGUAACAAUAAUAAUAAUAACAAUGAGAAUAAUCCAAUGCAUACUCCAACUAUAUCUACAUACAAUGUGAUUAUUAAACCACAGUAUUUGGCUUUAACAAAUCCUUUAUACUUUGGUGGUGUCCCAGCUGAUCAGUUAGAGACAGCCAAUCAUUUAACAAAUGGAAUCUCUACACUUGGCUUAACUGGUUGUAUACGAAAUGUACAAAUUAAUGGACGUAUGAUUGAUUUUGCUCGCCUUUUUGGAGCACCAGUAGAUAAGAUGACCGGAAUAGAAGAAAAUGACAUUGAGAUAUCUUCACCAGCAGCUAAACAUCAUGGAACAGCGAUUGGAAUACUGCCAGGCUGUAGAAUAAAUAAUGAAAGAUCUAACAGCCUAGAUUCUCAGUUAAAGUACCCCAAGUCUGAAAAAGAGGAUGAAAAUUUGAAAGCAGAUAACUCUGUCUCAGAUGAUGUAUCAGAAGUCAACACAUAUGAAAAGUCGACAUUGGGACAAUUGUCAGAAACAGCGUACAGUAAAAACUCCACCUCAUGUGAUGCAGAUAGCGAAAAUUCAUGCCUGAAUGGUGGUAUUUGUACAAACCGUGACCUGAAACAAACUGGAAAGUAUUAUUGUAAAUGUCCAAAGGGUUACAAAGGACAAAGAUGUGAAUUGGUAUCUGCUUGUCAUCGUGAUACUCAACGUUCAUAUAUACGUGAUCCUCAAACAAAUUGUGUCUCAUCUAGAAAACUGUCAAUUCGUAAAUGUUCUGGUACGUGUGACUCAAAUAUUUUCCAGCAUGAACAACACCAACAGCUCCAACAGCAGUUGAAUAAGAACAAUUCAAACAACCGCGAAUCAAUGAAAUUCUAUAAAUGGAAGACAAUUUAUAAAAGAUCAUCAGAUUCAGUACAAGUAUGGCUACCACGUAGUUCAAAAGAAAUACGUUCUAGUGAAACAGUCAACAACUUCAAUCCCUUUGAAUCGUCUCAUUCAAAUCAACCGAACGGGAUGAUUACACACCUAUCUAACAAACAAGGACAGCAACACCAACAACAACAACAAUAUUGUUGUCAAGCGACAAAAAUUAAAUUACGACCAAUUUUAUUUAACUGUCCCAAUGGUGCUGUUUAUGAGCGUACUAUAAAAUUAGCAAAAAGGUGUGGUUGUGUUCAAUGUGGUCAAUAGAAUAUAGAUAAACAGAUAUACAGUAUAUUAGUAGGAUGACAGUGUGCAGCAGGACGUCUAGCUAGAACGUAUACUCUCACCUUAGAGAAAACAAAUUACAGAAAAGUAAAAAUUAAUUAACUGAAAUGACACUUUUUUCUAUUAAAAGUGACAAUAAGGGAAAAACUAAAUGCAUUUUGUUUUAUUUUUAUUGUAAUAACUACCUCAAUAUAUCUACUAUAUAUAUAAUCGUCAGUAUUUGCACUUUAUGCAGAAUAAGUAAUUAGAUGACAUUCUAAUCACUAUCAUCUUUGUUUCUUUUAAUCUUAUUUACCCUGAUACAGAGAGUUCAUCCUUUAUCCUUUACUCACUGUAUUAUUACUAUUAAUACUAUUAAUGUAUGUAUUAUUACAUUUGUAAUAAUAGUUGAAAUACAGUACAUAAUUCUGUUUCAAUUCUAUAAUUAGAAUAAUUAAUUCACUAAAUAAUCGAUAAACUUAAUCUUAUAUUCAUUUUGCAUUAGAUUCACUAAGGUUAACUAUCUAUCUAUCAUUAUCAAUUAUAUCUUAAACUCGUAAUCUUCUCCACACAAUAUUCAUAAUAAUUAUUAAAUUCAUGCAGAUACAUGUAAUCGCUUCUCAAAGAUGUGUGUGUGUUGAGGUGCUUAGUAAUUGCUACGACUUGAUAUCAGGUAGAGGGUGAACACAACCAAAACAGAAACCCACUAUAUACCAUCCAGUAAAUAUCCACAUACACUAAACUGCUGUUAAUAAUAUCACCGAUGGUAAGCGCAUAUUUGUCUGGGUACAUGAAAUAUGCAUCGAAUGCACAAACGCACAUCCACACAUACACAUGCACACACACACACAUCUUUGAUCAUAUUCCCGGUAUUGAAUGCUAAGAAGACGACAUCUUCCACACUGAUCUGAUCUGAAUACUUGUAUAUUUCAAGAAUAAUUCUUUUUGUUUUUCCUCUUUCUCCCAAAAUCAAUCAAAGCUUAUUGAUUAGCACUAUUGAUUUUUGUUGUCUGUGUCCUGUGUUAUAUUAUUGCCAGUUUUAGUAAUUAUAAUUAUUGUUCCUCUCAUCAUUGUUGUCUUUUUCAAUGUUAUUAUAACUCAAAAUGAUUUUGUUGUCUCAACAUGAAUAAUAAUUACAAAAAAUUUAAAAAGUGAUUAUUGUAUUUUGAAUAGUAAAUGAUAAUUUUAAAUUUUGUAUAAUAAAA